UCAACCCCAUCCGUCUUUACUCAACCCAAGCAAAAAUGUCCAACGUUUUCUUCGACACCUCUGCUAACGGCACUUCUCUCGGCCGUAUCGAGUUCAAGCUCUACGACGAGGUCGUCCCUAAGACCGCUGCCAACUUCCGUGCUCUCUGCACUGGCGAGAAGGGCUUCGGCUACAAGGGCUCUGCCUUCCACCGUGUCAUUCCCCAGUUCAUGCUCCAGGGUGGUGACUUCACCCGCGGUAACGGUACCGGUGGAAAGUCCAUCUACGGCGAGAAGUUCGCUGACGAGAACUUCAACCUCCGCCACACCAAGCCCGGACUUUUGUCCAUGGCCAACGCUGGACCCAACACCAACGGCUCCCAGUUCUUCAUCACCACCGUUGUGACCUCCUGGUUGGACGGUAAGCACGUUGUCUUCGGUGAGGUCGUCUCCGGCAUGGACAUCGUCAAGAAGAUCGAGGGUCUCGGUUCCCAGUCUGGUGCUACCCGCGCCAAGAUCACCAUCGAUGACUGCGGU